AGUUGACAGGCAUCAUUCCCGCCCACCGUACGCGUUUCGACGCCUGUCGUAAAUGCCACGACGUUUCGAAGGAGAUUACCGAUGGCUCAGGCAAAUCGAUUCGUCGACAUUGAGUCAUGAUUUAGCUCUGACAGCUUAUACUCUUCCUGUCGUACUAUCCUCGCUCAGUAAGUUGUCCUCAUGUAGUCUGAUGUCAAUGUCAUCUGUCUGGUUCAAUGCCGGGAAUAUCUCUGAAUGUCUUCAAUUGACAAGUUACUUCAGGACCUAAAUUGAAGAAGGUUUACAGUCAAUGAGUUGAUUUACACCACUUCGCUGUGGGCGUGAUGGUGUAAACCGAACUGA